UUAAGUCCUCGCAGCAAACUCUCACCGCUUAUUCUGAUGCUGAUUGGGGAGGUUGCCCUGAUACACGUCGCUCCACCUCCGGUUAUGCCGAACAAAUUAAUUUCUUGGUCUUCAAAGCGACAACAGACAGUCUCAAGAUCGAGUGCAGAGGUAGAAUACAAAGGUAUCGCAAAUGCGGUUGCAGAAACAUAUUUCUUACGCAAUCUUUUGCUCGAGCUCCAUUGUCCUUUACGCACAGCUACUCUGGUCUUUUGUGAUAACAUCAGCUCAGUAUACAUGUCUACGAAUCCGGUGAAGCACCAACGCACAAAGCAUAUCGAAAUCGAUCUUCACUUUGUCAGGGAAAAGGUCGCAAUGGGGCAAGUACGAGUCAUUCAUGUUCCUUCCUCACUUCAGUAUGCGGACAUCUUUACCAAGGGCUUGCCCACUUCACUCUUCACAGACUUUCGAUCCAGCUUGACCGUUCGCUGCGCCAACGAUCUCACUGCGGGAGGGUGAAAGAAUAUACCUUUAUAUUCUUCUAAUUGAAUAAGUCUUUUCUGUAUCUUCGGUUUCCAUGAUUCUCUCCCAUUUGUUAGGGAUUUACUUCAACUGUAAUUGGCAUAUAUACGCCCUCCUUUAUACGAUGUAGAUCAAGUGAGAAUACAGAAACUUUCACUUAUAAACCUCAAAGGAAAUGGAAGCUUUGUUUUUCAAAUCGCCGGAGAUACCUUCGAGUCAAGAAGAAGCAUAUCGACGCCCAUACACUCACCGUCUCUUUUCACAUUCAUGGAAGGUGGCUUCGAAGUCAGCAAGGAGGAAUGAUGAGUUCGCCAUUCUGCUUCUAAGAACUGAAUUAGGAAUCGUGCUAGGAGUGGGAUAAAAGAUUUAUGGUCGUUAAUGACAAUGAUAGAUUGCAUUUCAUAACAGUUUCAAUUUUCCUUACCGGCGUAAAAAUUCCAAACCAAACGACACGAACGGAUUGCUCCAUAUCGAUUCUCCAUAUGAAUAUCACAUGGGUGACGAAUCGAUGAAACAACAUGUAUAUGGCGGGAUCCAAUUCAAAUGGAUCUCCUUUUUGUAUGUUUUAUUUUACUAUUUUCAUGCUUCUUUAUAUGAAAUAUAUAAAUUAUAACCGAUCUUUCUUAUCAUACCAUAAAAUAAAGUAAUAAAGGCAUCAGAAAGUAGCAAUGCCAACGCAGAAAGCUCCAAAGCCACAACGUCCCCCUUCUGCAUGGCUCCAUUUGCUCUAACCUAUUAAAAAGUGUUGCGUAGUAUCUGAUUUUGUUUUAUCUUGUUUCAUGCUCCAGUUAACUAGGAAACAUAUCUUAUCUCAUAUACAUAUAUGUGAAAAAAUAAAAUCAGACUAGAAAAGGAGAAAAUAAAAAUAAAAAAAGCUUGCUAUUUUGCUAACUUGUAGGUAAAAAAGCUUAUUGGAGACUAACGUCAAUCCGAGUUAUCAUCUUUCCUUUAAAAUAAAAAAAAAACUUUUAUGGCAUCUCUAAUAUCAAAACUUUCUAAGUUUAAAUUGUGAUUUGCAUCAUCAAUUUGAAUGAAUUCUUAAAUUGAGAAUUUUUUUUCCUGUGCAACCUUAAAUUGAAAAUUAAACGUUUCUAGACAUUUGAAGAGGAUCAACAAAAUUGCACUCCGAAGUUGUUUUGCUAUUUGAAAAUCGAAAACAAAAGUUUAAACACCUAACCAGUUCUUGAUAUUACUUAACCAGUUAUGUCCUUACAUGGAUUUGGUAGAUUGAAACCCUUUAUUUAUUUAUAUGUUUAUGUUUCCUUUUAACUAUAUGAUUAUUUUUUCUCAGAGUACAAUAAAGAAAAAUAGAGCAUAUGCUCGAUCUUCUCAUUGCCUUUAACCCCGAGAAAGUGGCUUAAUGACCCAUACAUGACUCAUACUUUACCACAAAGGUCUCAAGACUCAACGAUUCAAAGCUUUGUUUCAACUGCCUCUUGUCUCUUUGUCUUUCCCUUUAAAUAACCAUCUCACCACACAGGUUUCAUCACUCACAAUCUAUCCCUCUCUCUUUCUCUCUCAAGAUCAAGAUUCAAGAUCACUACUCAAUCCUCCAAGAUGACAUUGAGCACAGUCCACCAACAAGUUCUUGCAUUCCCUGCAGUCAAGACUGCUCCUGCUGGUUACUUACCUGACCCAGCUUCCAUCAACAAGCUCCAAAUCCCAUCUCCUUUCAAGAAAUCUGAACAAAGCAAGAAAAAAUCGAUUCAGAGAACCAAUAGCUUCACGGACGGAUCUAGCGACCAGAGCAAGUUAGGACCAAAGCUGACCAAAACAGUAAAGAGAAAGCUAUCCCUAGGAGCUAAGAUAAUUCAAAUGGGAGGCUUAGAGAAGAUUUACAAGAGGCUCUUUAGAGUCUACGAUGAAGAGAAACUCUUCAAAGCCUACCAAUGUUACCUAUCAACAACCGCAGGUCCCAUCGCAGGCUUACUUUUCAUCUCAUCAAAGAAGAUUGCUUUCUGCAGUGAGAGAUCUAUCAAAGUGGCUUCACCUCAGGGAGAUAACAUGAGGGUUCACUACAAAGUGUUAAUCCCUUUGUGCAAAAUCAAGGGAGUGAACCAGAGUAUGAACACAAAGAAACCAUCUCAGAAGUACAUUGAAGUAGUCACGGUCGAUGGCUUUGACUUCUGGUUCAUGGGAUUCAUGAGCUACCAGAAAGCAUUCAACUGUCUCGAGCAAGCACUUUCUCUCGAGCAAUAAUAAGCCGAAGGUUGAAGAGGAAAUAUUUCAUUUCUAAUUUAAUAUAUUUUUCAAUCCAAGAAUGUUAAUUAGGAAAGAGCCUAGAAAAUUCAGACAAUAUUGUACAAACUUUUUUUUUAAAUUAGAGCUUUAAUGUUAUUGUUAUCCGUUGUUGACAAGAGCAUGAAACUGAAUAUAUUUACUGAUAUCAUCUGUUUUCCUUAAUUCAUAA